AUGGAGAUUUGUCAAACAGACCCAACCAAUAAGUUGAGUUAUGGCCGAUGGCAAGUCGACUACAUCGACUACAUCGUCAAGGAAGAUGGCAGAUUAUACAACGGAAGAUGGAAAGACAUCGACAAUCUCCCUCAACACCCAACCCAACUCUCCAACCUGCAGGAACUCCACCUGAACUCCCCACUCAAUAGCGGGCUCUAUAUCAAAACACCCAAUCCCAAAUAUUUCAACGAAGGAUCCAGUCUAGAGGACCGACUCCAUCACGAGUACCAAGUUUGCAAGAUCCUUCAGAAGGAUCCACACCCCAACAUCGCCUUUUACUAUGGAUAUCAGGAACAGGGUGGUCAUCUCUCGGGAUUGUGUUUCAAGAGGUAUGCGAAGACGCUGAUGCAAAAGGUGAACCCAGAGGGGUUGAGUAAGGAGGAGUUCCGGGCGAGUGAUCGGAAACGGGUUGAUGAUGCCGUCAAAAGGAGUUUGGAGGGAAUUUGGGAGGGAAUCCAGCAUCUCCAUAAACUCGGACUGGUGCAUAAUAACAUCAACCCUUCGACUAUUAUGUUUGAUGAACAGGAAAAUCCUGUGAUUGUUGGUUUCACUCACAUUCGCGAAGAGAAAACGUCGCUAUGUUACCCCCCGGUCUGGAGGACUCCUCAUUGGCAUGACCCGAAGGUUCAGACUGCAUUGGAUAGCAAUGAUCUUUAUGCUUUUGAGGAAUUGAAGACUUGGCUGGAGGGAUCUGUGGAAGAUGAGUAUAUUUUUGAAUGAGUGGUUCCAACGACAGUUACUGUGGAUGAAAGGGUCCGCUCUUCAUUAUCAAUUCGAUUGAAUAUUGGAUGUCAUCCUUUGAGUAUGA